AAGCACUUUGGCUUGAAGGUUUGGCUUGACUGUGACGCUAGCAUCCGUAGACUCAUGGCACGGAUGAUUGGCUCGCUGCUGCUGCUUUGUGGGCUGCAGCUGGUGGUGGGAGAUGUGUGCCCCGAUGAUGUGGAGGUCGACCUUUGUGACACCAACCCUGGAGAGUUCUCAGGAUCCAUGGGCAUGACUCCCAACCUCACGUUGCUGCUCAUUGUGCUGGCGUUUGCCCUGCCGGGGCGCGCAAAGUCGUGGGCUUUGCUGCUGCCAGCUGUUGUGCUGCCAAGCGCGGUGGCCGGGCUCAGCUGCGGUGAUGUCAAGGAGUUCUACAAGACAAACCAGUGCUGCGGCUCCGCAACGAAAGAGCUGGGCACGUACCCGGGCGCACCAACCUGCCCCUACAACUUCCAGAAGCCGGCGUGCUCCAUGGCAGGGCCCCAGACGCCACGCGACCUGACGGCCAACGCCCUGGGUGACAAGGUGCCCAAAGCCAUCACCCUCACCGACGCGCAGGCGAAUUCGCUGCCGCUGGUGAACGUUCAUUUCCACCUCGGCGCGGAGCACAAGUCGGAGGCCUACUCCGACGGAACGGACUCGGACGCCUUCGACGCUGGCCGGCGCUUGGCAACGACGGGCACGGUGCGACCGGGCUGGAUGUGCCCCACAAGCAGCCUGAACAGCACACAGCUGCAAGCCUACACCUUCCAGUACUGCAAGGGUCAAGUGGAAGUGGGCAAGUCCUACGAGAUUCAUUACGUCCACUCCUCUGCCGGCAUGGACGCCAACGACACGGAUGACGUCAAUGCUGACAGUCUCUCAGAUGGCUUGGGAGGUGCUGCAAACGGCCGCGGCCUCUUGAACCCUAUGAUCGUGGUGCAAGGGCAGAUCUUCCAGAUUGUAAACGGCGCAGCCACAGUUGAUGACAUGCUGCAUGGCUGGACCGUUGUUGGCCACACCGACUCUGUGAUGUACUCGGGCUCAACCACUGGAACCUCGCAUGACAACUCCGUGUGCUCGCCCUACGCGAUCACGUGGCACGUGGACAAGGCUUGCCACCAGGUAUCUCCGGAAUCUUUCGACAACCUGUGCAAGCAGAUGAAUGAGAUGUAUGGUAUGGAUUCGGACUUGUAUCCACAUGGCUCCCGCAUCCUGGUCGACAAGCAGUACGUCGUCAAGUCCGAGUUUGUGGUGCCUCUGAGCUGAGAGGAUUCAGAUGGCGCGGUGCAAGCUGUGCGGCAAGCUUUCCCUCUUGGGCCUUCGCUCCCUUGCGUGGAGUGUGGGGAGUGUGAUCCGAGAGUUUUUCAACGUUUUGCGUCAGCUUAGAGAGAUGUACCCUAUAAGGUACAUAUAUAUUUUUGGCUCCAGUGCUCUGCUGCCUGCACCAAAGUGCAGGCAGGCGGGCGUUGCAGGGAUGACAGCGAAGCUGAUAUUCCUCAACUUGAACACGUCUAGUUCGGCUAGUUAAAUCUUGUUCCCCUGCCGUCACGUCGGCUGUAUGAAGAGUUGGAUUAGUUUUCUGAGCCAGGCAGGCGCCCGCUGCUGUUCGUCAUCAGGUGGAUGCAUAGCCAGGCCAUACCCAGGGAAGCUUUCCAGCUUCGCUUUGGCUCAUGAGCU